AUGAACGGCUACGGCUCUCCCUACCUGUACAUGGGCGGCCCCGUGUCGCAGCCGCCGCGGGCGCCCUUGCAGCGCACGCCCAAGUGCGCGCGCUGCCGCAACCACGGCGUGCUGUCCUGGCUCAAGGGCCACAAACGCUACUGCCGCUUCAAAGACUGCACCUGUGAGAAGUGCAUCCUUAUCAUCGAGCGGCAGCGGGUCAUGGCGGCGCAGGUGGCGCUGCGCAGGCAGCAGGCCAACGAGAGCCUCGAGAGCCUCAUCCCCGACUCGCUGCGCUCCCUGCCGGGACCCCCGCCGCCGGGAGACGCCACCUCUGCCCCGCCGCCCUCGCAGCCGUCUCAGCCGCCGCCGCCGCCGCGCCCCGCUGUGGAGUUGGCUGCUGCCGCCGCGCUGCGCUGGGCCGCGGAGCCCCAGCCUGGGGCGCUGCAGGCGCAGCUCGCCAAGCCAGAUUUGACUGAAGAACGACUCGGGGACAGCAGCACAGCGGACACCACUGAGACCUUCAGUGACAAAGACACGGACCAGAGGAGCUCCCCGGACGUGGCCAAAAGUAAGGGCUGCUUCACGCCAGAGAGCCCCGAGAUAGUGUCGGUGGACGAAGCGGGGUAUGCGGUCCAGAAGAACGGAGGCAGCUCUGAGAGCCGACCCGACAGCCCCAAGUAUCCCGGGGAGCAGAAUCACCUCCUGAUCGAGGGCCCCUCGGGGACCGUGUCUCUGCCCUUCAGCUUGAAAGCCAACAGACCGCCCCUGGAAGUGUUAAAAAAAAUAUUCCCCAAUCAGAAGCCCACGGUGCUGGAGCUGAUCCUGAAGGGCUGCGGGGGCGACCUGGUGAGCGCCGUGGAGGUCCUGCUCUCCAGCCGCACCUCCAGCUUGGCCACAGACCGAACUGCGGCAGAGCCCGAGGGCCUGGUGCUGCCCUCCAGCGGGCACAUCUUUGAACACACCUUGAGCUCCUACCCCAUCUCCUCUUCCAAAUGGUCCGUGGGCUCGGCCUUCAGAGUCCCAGACACGUUGCGGUUUUCCGCCGACUCCAGUAACGUGGUCCCCAACCCCCUGGCCGUGCCCCUGCAGCACCCGUUCCCCCAGCCCCCCCGGUACCCUCUGAUGCUGAGGAAUACUUUGGCGAGAAACCAGUCGAGCCCCUUUCUUCCCAACGAUGUCACCCUGUGGAACACCAUGACGUUGCAGCAACAGUACCAGCUGAGGUCCCAGUACGUCAGCCCUUUCCCCACUAACUCUACCAGCGUCUUCAGAAGCUCACCUGUCCUCCCCGCCCGCGUCCCCGAAGACCCUCGGAUACCCAUCCCUGACGAUGGGUGUCCCAUCGUGUCAAAGCAGUCCAUUUACGCCGAGGACGACUAUGACGAGAGGUCUGACUCCUCAGACUCUAGAAUACUCAACACUUCAUCUUAA